CAAGGAGAUUAGCAUGUAGUCCUAAAUUCGCACGCUGUGGCGAAGGUUUGACCCCAGCCUCUGCUAAUGUAGCUGAUAUGUCAUCCGAAAUGUUACUCGAGCGUUAUACAGACAACCGUCAUCGAGAGAAGCGGUGAAGAGCAACAGCUCCAUGCGCUGAGAACGGACAGCGGAAUAUUCAACAGAGUGCAUUUGGAAUUCCGAGGGCAACUAGACUGACCCCCCUCUCACUCUCCCUCCCUCCUUCACUCCAGUCUCUCCCUCGUGCAGAGUUUUCCGUCCUGUGUCAGGAUAACAUCGCUAUAACAGAGCAUUUCUGGCGGUAAGAAACGGCACAAAUGGAAGCAGUUGAGAAAACUCUCACUUACCGAGACAACACCGGACCUUAUAGAAAGCUGCUCCCUGGAAAUAAAGACAAGGACAAGUGCAACCCUAAAACAAAAAGUGACGAAUACAAUUAUGUUGAUUUGAAUGACUCAAUUGAUAUGAAAUCAGAGGUCACAAAAACGGUUAAAGUGGCUUUUACCGGUGACGGUAACCAACUGGCGGUAUUCAAAUGCAACAGUGAUACGUCCGGAGAGAGGAGCCCCAGGAUUCGCGAGAUUGAUGACAAUGUGGAUAAAAUCUAUGAGGUAAAAUCCAAGGACAAGUCAGCAGAUAGGCCUGUAUCGGAAGAUCCCCCCAUGGACACGUCUUUGACAGAAUUUAACAGCAAUGUGGACUUGGAGAAUGACAAUAUGACAGAACUCCAGAGCGAAAUUGUGCCUCGUGAUAAUAAUGUCCCCAGCGAGUGUGAGGAGUUACAAUACACGGACAUGUAUUUGAACAGUAAAUCCGAAUCGGACGAUUGUGAGAGCGUAGUAUUGUCGGACCAUUGUGCGCCUGAUACCGUGAUAGACGAAUCGCACUACAUUACAACGCACGAAAUCCAACUGACAGAGCUUGACCAUGAUGUCGAUUAUGAUUUUGGACGGGGAAGCUGUUGGGAUAUUGAGGACGAUAAUCUGGUUUAUUCAUUUGUGGAUUAUGCCUCUUUUGAAAGCGAUGAAACAACAGAGGGGACUUUGAUAGGCCUCGUGGAUGGUAGGAGCCUGGCGAAAGUGAAAAGCAGUAAGGCGCAAUAUAAUAAUGUGCACCAAAGUGUUGCUGGUUGUGCAGUUGUCAGCACUGGGAGUGAGUUUUGUGACUCUGACAAAUGCCCCAGCUCAGAUGAAAGCAUUUGUAAAAACCAAAAUGGUAGUGGGAAUUCAGCGGGGCAAAUUCACCUGUCAAUCAAGACCUCAUCCACAGCGAUAAACGACUAUAACAAUACAAUUGAAAAUGAAAACAUUUGUUAUCAUACCAAGCAUGUGGGAGACAGGAGUCACUUCUUUUUUACAAGCACUGACGCCAGAGCGGAAGCCUUGUGCGAUAGAUCCCAAUAUUUUAUCCCAGCCCCGGGACGCCAACACUUUGCAACUAAAUUAAGAGGGAAAGAUGUUAACGAAUAUUCCAGCGGUGCGUCCAGUUCAAUAAGUGAACUGGACGACGCUGAUAAAGAAGUGCGUAAUUUAACCGCGAAAUCAUUUAGGAGUUUAGCAUGUCCCUAUUUCGAUGCUAUACAUUUGAGCACUUCAAGUGAGUCUUCAAUGUCAGAAUAUGGGCUUGGUUUAAACAAGUGGUCAGCUUUCGUUGACCUUAAAUAUGGUAACAUGUCACAGGGCAGAGAGCAAAAUCUAAUCGCCCAAAAGAGUGCAACUGCAACAUUUGAAAUGAGCAAGAACGCAGAGUAUAAGAGUAUAAAUGGUAUUGCCAUAAGCAGUAAGAAAGGUCCCCAAACCAAUAUGUUUUCUUUGAAUACAAAAAUAUCUAGUCCACAACAUGCAUCUUCCUCUACCCAAAACGUAGAGUUUACAGGCCCAUUUGAACCAGGCAGUGAGGUUAUCACUUUGACCAAGACAUUGGAUUUUCGCUGUAAUGUUGAAGCGGGGUCACCUGAACGCGGGAAACCUCCCAAAUAUUCAGAAAAUGCCUCAGGAGCACGUUCCAUGGAUGAAGUUCCCGGCACCUUGCCAGCAGAGCCAGAAUAUGAAGUGAACUACCAACACAGUGACGCGGGUGAUAGCAUGGAAGGCACACAUAAGAAGGCAAGUUUCGCAUCAAGUCUCUUAAAAAAUGUAAUAUCCAAAAAAAUGCAAGUUGAACAGGAGCGCAAGAUGGAGAGGGGGGAGAUACGGGACACGCAUCCCACGCACUCCCCAUGCUUUCAAUGCAAGGAUCAAGAUGGGGUAAGAGAGAGGGAUACAGAGAAAGGCGUGCAUACUAGUCAAACCUCAGAAUCGGGUUCGGGAUACACAAGCAAUUCUUCUGAUGAACAAGGGGCUGUGGACCUUAGACCUAAUUCCUGUGACCCCAAAGAAGAGCUUACUGAGGCAUUAGAAAGCUUUCAGACUAUAAAUGAGGCACGAUUAGAUUUUCAAAAGGAUGCAUGCGAGCCCACAAGAGGAUCCCUGAGCCAUAGCCAAAACAGCGCAUUCAAAUCAUGGAGGGAUGGUGAGCCAGAGCCCCAAGAGAAACAUGAAAUUCGUACCAUUUUAGAUGGGACACCCUCGACAACAGAUUAUACGGGGGAAAGGGAGUUAGACUCCAGAGUUGUAAGUAGCAAGCUAACUAAAUUGUCACACUUGUUUGUUCCAAGUUCCCAGCUUCUCCCCAAAGAAAAUAAAUUUAAAGAAAAGGUGUCAGACAGUACUUUAGUCGGUGCGCAAAAAGAGCAACGGGGGUACGGGGAGAGAAAGUUUAGACCUGACAACAAUGCAGGAAUCGUGAAAGGGUCAAAGGCACCCGAGAUAAAAAUACGUCUGAGGAGCGUAAAAGAAAACAAAUGCAAUCCACUAAAUAUUGACAAAUUGUUAACCCCUAAUAUAAGUUAUCCAAUAAAGUCAGCAGCUGACUCCAAAUGUCAGGUGCUGCCAGCGUCAGAUAGAGUGCCACACUUUACGGUUAGGGAUAUAAGGGACAAUAAGUGCAAGUUUCAGACGCCAAUUCAUCAGGUUAGAGACGUGCGUAAAUUGGUCAAGAGUUCAUAUCGUUUAGUCUCAGUGGAUAACAGCGAGAGUAAAGGCGCAGUCGCCUCUGCUGCUGCCUCAUUACGCGAAGACAAUAAAGGUUCUACGAAAGAAUCCGAUAAGAAAUCGCCUCCCUCUUCAAUUGUAAUAAAAUGUCAGUCUGUAAAUACAAAUAGCAGUACUAAACAGCGUGUGCUUGUAACCGAGGCUCCAAAGCGGAGACAAAUUGAGAACGAUAGGUCAUCCCCCAAACCAUCUCCAGAAUGUGCCAAAAAUGAACCCAUGUCGCUGCACAGGGCGACGGGCAGACCUCCAAUUGGCUUCGCAAAACAGCCAAACACAGAUCAGUCCGAGGCUAAACAAAAGCAGGAAAAAAUAGUCGAGGCAGGUGAACGCAAACCGGAGUCGAAAAUACCAAAACAGGUGGCAUUAGAGAAACUAAAGGCUGCCGUUAAAACAAUGGAACAGCUUUAUGUUUUUGACAGAAAUGAAUGGAAGCGCAAGAGCCAGGCUCCCUGGCCUAUUACAGACAGUCAUGUUCUGUCACUUAUUGCUAGAGAGGAGCAUGGUGGCCCCGAGGAGCCAGGUGCAGCAGGUGGCAGGGAGAGGCUUAGUACAGCGAUAAACACAGACAGGUUGCCAGAAACAUGCAACAUUAAAGAAGAGAAAGGUUGUCUAAGAAUAAUCCAUGUCCCAUUAACAGAGGACACCUUUAAAACCCAGUCACAUCAAAGUAAGACGUUUAGUAACAAAAGCGUGUUUAAUUUGGCGAACAGCAUUAAGACAGCUGUCAGUAGCAGCAGCUCUAAUAGUUGGAAUGGGCCACAAACCUGUUCUCCAUCACAUGCAACCUCUAUGGUGAAAAGCAUUAGCUCUAAGACCCCGAAAGCUCCACUGUCAUUGAAAAUAUCCCCCCCAAAACGAGCCCUUGUAGACAGGGGAAGGUUCAAAAGCAGCCCCACCACAGAGACUCCACCACAGUCCAUAAAAUCUGGCAAUCCAGACUCUGAAAACUACUUAACAAUACCUGUAGAAGGCAGGAGUGUUGGUCAAAUGAAACUGCCCAUUCAAGAGCAGGUAUUCCCAAGCAGCCCUGCCGCCAGUCAACCUGGCAUCACCGACACCAAGAGACACAAGCAUAAUUCUAUCCAGUCCCUCAAACAGUCCCCUGUUGUCAUAGAGACGCGGGCCCCGGAUACCGCCACUACCGCCACCAUCUACCACCACUCUCGACCAGUGGUCAAGCAAGGAACGCCCCAGCCGCAGGUGUUCUGCUUCUCCCCCUCCAUUGCCCCCUUGCCCACCACCCCUUCGGGGGGAGACCCCUUCCAGCGUAUACAGAGGAAGAUGCUCUUUGAUCCCACCACCGGACAAUACUACCUGGUAGACACGCCGAUUGAGCCAGUCACCCAGUGUCUCUUCCACCCUGAGAUUGGCCAGUAUGUGGACAUGCCCAUGCCUAUGCCUCCGCCACUGCCAGUGACCCCCAUGUCCGUAUCCCCCCUGGCACUGAACCCGGGAGGGAUGUACGCACCCACCUACAUGAUCUACCCGGGGUUCCUCUCACCCACACUUGCUGCCCAGACGGUGAUGGCACCACAGGUUGCAACCCACAUGGUGUCCCAAUUAGAGGAAGAGAGUGGGGAGACGGCUCAAGGGAAAUACACCCUGGUGAAGGAGGGUAACAUGAUGGGGGCAGAGAGCCCCUACUACAGUGCUACGGGAGAGUCAGUGCCGGCAUCAGUGCCCGUCACCCAGGGGAGUGCGGUGACGUCAGAAGGGAAACCAGCGGUCAUCAGCAUCACGUCGCAGCAACGCCCGAGAAUCAUCGCACCGCCCUCCUUUGAUGGGACGACCAUGAGCUUCGUGGUGGAGCACCGGUAACCACUAAGGGAAUAUACACAGAGUGCUUCUUGGGGAGCCUGUCCAGUCAUAAGUAGAUAUUUCAUGGUAAUCUUCUCACACCCUUCUUCGUACCCAGUCCACCAAAUUCCACCUGAACCCACCAUGUUUCCAAGCCCAACCACCUGCCACCAUCACCGCCCCAUCCAACUCUAUCCUGCCGGUGGUCGUUGCAGCAUGUCUGUAUCUGUAAAGCUAUGCCUACUACUUGUUUGUAAGGUAGCUAAUUGCUUUGUAAGACUGCUUUCGGAUCUGUAUUUAGAUUACAGACCAUCCCUUUUUGUUCAAAAGCAUUUGGAUUCAGGCACUGCAAUAUUGUGAUUCAAAAGGAAAUAAUGACUGUUUUCCUAUUAAGAUUCAACAUUUUAGACACUUUAUUGGGUCCACAAACCAUGAAUUCAGCAUGUUUCCCUUCCUGUGAAGCAGGAAUUCAGAACAAGAUGUGUUUUGUUUCUCGCAGUUAUUGUUGAAAAAAUAUAUUGUAGCAAACAGUAUCAUUCAUCAUACAGUAGCAUACAAUGUACAAGCUGCUAUGAUUCAUGGGAGAAUAAGUCAAGAUUUCGAUUUAAAUGGAAGGCCCAUAAAAGUCACACGCGCGUGUGUGUGUGUGCGUGCGCGGGUGUGAUUGCCCCAACAAAAAUAUUUAAUCAGUAGACAUAAUCAGUAGACAAUAGACAUCAGUAGACCCUAUUACACCAUACAUUGGGAAACAUUUGCAUUUGCAGGUGGGUCAAUUCCAAUUUAAUACAUCAUAUAAAUUCAAAAUCCAACCCAAUUUUUUCUCUUUCUCUCUGAACUAGCUGCACCCAUUGUUUCCUAAUUUUGCAGGUAAUGGCCACACAGUUAUUGCAUUGUGUGAUUUGAUGUGCUUUUAUUUGACAUUCGUAUGGCACUCUCUUUGUAUGCAAAUAAUAUGAGGAUAGACUUAAGAGAAAAGCUGGAGCCCUGGGACCUGCCACAUAUUUAGUGGUUGUUCAGGGUCAGAGGUUGGCUAUAUAGUGUAUUUGGGGCAAACAUUUCCCAAGUAGCUUUAGGCUUAGGGGAGCCAGCUAUAGUUGAGACAUUUUAGGGGAUAACUUCCUCUAUAGGUUUUGGCUAACUUUUACACUCAUGUGUAAGAGGACAAUGAUAUGGUGCCUGUGUGCACUGUAGGUGUGUAGUAAUUGUGAGGUAUUAUGCAUUAUGUGAACAGACAACAGGCUGGCGUGCUACUUCAGCGAUAGAAAGAGGGCAUAGAAGUAGAAUACAGAGAGCUCAGAUAAAUUAGAAAUGCAUCAGUCAAUUCAUACAUGAGUAUUUUUUAUUUCAGUUUUCACAAUGUUUUGGGUGGUUGCCUACUUGUAAACAGAAAUGGGAAAGGAAUUGUCUUUCCCUUUGAUCCUUUUGUUAAAUGGCAAUUAUUUAAAAAAUAAUGGAUACUGCCAAUUCAUGCCCAUUCUGAAUACUUUUAGAAUAAUUCUGAAUGCCAAUUGUAAAUAAUGCUUAUUCAAAUCAGGACCAUGGUUGGGUUGAAUUCAAAUUUAAAUUCAGUCAUUUCAGGUUAUGAUUUGAAAUUAAAUUAAAAACACUAAUCUUGUUCUUUCCUUAUGAACAAUUAUGCAGUGCAACAAUAGACACUCAUGCUUAGUGCAAUGGUGCUUUCUUCAUUUUUGAAUAUGCAUACUGUAGGUUGCUGUUUUUCUUGUUUUACAAAUUUGAACAUACAUACAAGGUAUGUGGAGCUGCUGGUCAGUCUAUGAACCUGAAUUGUGUAAAAACAUACAUUUGAGUUUUCCGUCCGUGACAACAUACUGUACAAAAAUAGUACCCUGUGAGUUGAUUCCACUGUAGAAGAAAGUAUAGUCACAGUACAACCCACUGGGCCAUGGAUCUAUAACAUUUAAAAAAUGUUCACCUGUUACAAAAGGGUGUAUUAAAUUGACUUAUAGUAUUUCACCUUCAUCAUGCAAACAUUUGGAUUCAAACGUCAAACAUGAUACCUUUCAAAAUGUCAAACCAGAGAAGACUAUGUAUUUUUUUUAUUGUAUUUUAUUCAUUUCUUGUGUUGUUGGUUUUUAUGAAAUGGUUCAUAUACUGUGGUAUGUAAACUGAAUUUCCUUCUUAAGGGUUUGUAAUUGCUGUUGGGCACGUUUGUGCACUUGGCAGGCCAGCUAAAUUAUUUUAUUCACCAACCAAUAGCAGUGCAUACUAUAACAGUUGAAAAUUGGUUGAUGAUGUUUCUUGUCCUUCAAAAGGAAAUUCGUUACACAUUAUCCUGAUGAAUUGUUGAAUACUAGAAUGUAGUCUAAUUGAAUUCUGACACAAAGUAGCACAUUUUUCUGAACAGUACAUUCACACUACUUACAGUGCCUCCAGAAACUAUUGAAUUUUCCAACAUUUUUGUUGUGUUACAGCCUGCAUUUAAAAUGGGUUAAAUUUAGGUUUUGUGUCACACACAAUACCCAAUAAUGUCAAAGUGGAAUAAUGUUUUUAGAAAUGUUUACUAUUUCUUUUUUUCCAAUUGCAUGGGCUCACUCUGUGUGCAAUAACAGUGUUUAACAUGACUUUUUUAAUGACUACAUCCUCUCUGUACACCACACAUACAAUUUUCUGUAAGGUCCCUCAGUCGAGCAGUGAAUUGGAAACACAAACCAUGGAGUUUUCCCAAUACCUCGCAAAGAAGGGCACCUGGCAGGUGGUAGAUGGGUAGAAAAAAAUCUGACAUUGAAUAUCCCUUUGAGCAUGGUGAAGUUAUUAAUUACACUUUGGAUGGUGUAUCAAUACACUCAGUCACUACAAAGAUACAGGCUUCCUUCCUAACUCUGUUGCCAGAGAGGAAGAAAACCGGUCAGGGAUUUUACCAUGAUGCCAAUGGUGACUUUAAAACAGUUACAAGGUUGAAUGGCUGUGAUAGGAUAACAUGGAUAAACAACAUUGUAGUUACUCCACAAUACUAACCUAAUUGACAGAGUGAAAAUAAGGAAGCCUGUACAAAAUAAAAAUAUUCCAACAAGGCACUAAAGUAAUACUGUAAAAAAUGUGGCAAAGCAGUUCACUUUAGGUCCUGAAUACAAAGUGUUAUGUUUGGGGCAAAUCCAAUACAACACAUUACUAAGUACCCCUUUCCAUCUUUUCAAGCAUAGUGGUGGCUGCAUCGUGGUAUGGGUAUGCUUGCUUUAAGGACCGGGGAGUUUUUCAGGAUAAAAAAGAAACGUAACUGAACUAAGCAAAGGUUCAGUCUGCUUCCCAUCAGACACUGGCAGAUGACAAUAACCUAAAACAUAAAGCCAAAUCUACACUGGAGUUGCUUACCAAGAAGACAGUGAAUGUUCCUGACUGGCCGAGUUACAGUUUUGACUUAAAUCUAUGUCAAAAUCUAUGGCAAGACCUCAAAAUGGUUGUCUAGCAAUGAUUAACAACCAAUUUGACAGAGCUUGAAUACUUUUUAAAAGAAUAAUGGGAACAUGUUGCACAAUCCAGGUGUGGAAACUCUUAGAGACUUACAUAGAAAGACUCACAGCUGUAAUUGCUGCCAAAAGUGCUUCUACAAAGUAUUGACUCAGGGGUGUGAAUACUUAUGUAAAUUAGAUAUUUCUUUAUUUCAUUUUCAAUAAAUUAGCAAACAUUUCAUAAACCAUGUUUUCACUUUGUCAUUAAGUGGUACCGUGUGUAGAUGGAUGAGAAAAAAAAUCUAUUUAAUCAAUUUUGAAUUCUGUCUGUAACAGAAGAAAGGGUGGAAUAAGUCAUGGGUUAUAAAUACUGUAAUGAAGGCACUGUGUAAAUAUGUGUAUUUAAUUUGGUAAUGUUAGAUGUUCUAGUCUAGCUGACUACAACAGAAAUAUGUUAUUACACUGUCAUUACCUUUGUCUCUUCAUUGUAUGUCCAUUUCUGAAAAGUUACAUUACAUUUUAGCUCAACUUAGCUGAUGUUAGAAUUUCAUAACUUACUGAGUUAUAAUUUGUCACUAACAUGAACAGUCAUGAUAUAUGUUAAGCUUAGUCAAAGUGAUAACAUAAUUUAGUAAAGAACUACCCAGACACACUGUAGCAUAAAUUAUGAGUCAUUGAAUAAGAAAUCUCAGUUUACAGCUUCACCUAAGCACAACAUCCCUCCCAAAGCCCAUAAAUCUACUUGCUUUCAUGUUCCCUGAUGCCCAAUGAAAGAAACAUUCUGUGUAAAUGCUUGCUUUUUGAAAGAUGUUGAUAAGAAUUAAAGACUGAUGGGGAAGUCAUUUUGCGAUGGGAGAAAUGUACGUGAAUGAAUGCAUGAGAAAGAAUGGCACUAUUAUGAUUGAGUGGCUACAUUAGCCUUGGUGUCUGCAAGACAGUUAUACAAAAGGGACAUUAUGUAUGUAUUGUGAAAGUAUUAUGCUUUACGUACUUAAGAUGGUGGCCUAAGAAGGAGCACGAGACCGGGAGAUCCAUGCAGAGUUUGUUAGAUGAAGCAGUGCCAUGUUUGCACUUGCAAGGUGAUGGUGAUGAAAUAUGACAAGUAGACUGAGGUGAAAAGAACACGCUGUAGGCCCAAAAGCCUAUAAGUGUUUGGAAUAAAUGAAAUUGCAAGCUAA